AUUAAAAAGAUUUCAGUCCUGUCCAGGCUCUCUUUCUCCCUUGGUGUGAUCACCUUUGCUCCCACAGGAAACGAAAAUGACGACAUACACAGAUAAAGGAGAGAAGCCCGAAAAAGGCCGGUUCCUUCACUUCCAUUCCUUAACCUUCUGGGUGGGAAAUGCGAAACAGGCCGCCUCCUUUUAUUGUAACAAAAUGGGUUUUGAAGAACUUGCAUACCGAGGUUUGGAGACAGGAAGUCGGGAAGUGGCGUCGCACGUGGUGAGACAGGACAAGAUUAUAUUUGUCUUCUCUUCAGCCCUCAACCCUGGAAACCAAGAAAUGGGCAAGCACUUAGUGAAGCACGGGGAUGGUGUCAAAGAUAUUGCCUUUGAAGUGGAGGACUGCGAUUUCAUCGUGCAGAAAGCCAGAGAGCGUGGGGCCCGAAUAGUAAAAGAACCGUGGAUAGAGGAAGAUAAGUACGGGAGAGUUAAAUUUGCAGUUAUUCAGACGUAUGGUGAUACCACACACACCUUAAUAGAAAAGCCGGGUUACAAAGGACUUUUCCUUCCUGGGUUCGAGCCGCCUCUCUUCAAGGAUCCGCUGCUGAAAAAUCUGCCACCUGCAAAGCUUAAUUUCAUUGACCAUGUAGUGGGGAACCAGCCAGAUCAGGAGAUGGUCCCAGUGGCAGAAUGGUACCAGAAAAACCUCUUGUUCCAUCGCUUCUGGUCUGUGGAUGAUAAGCAGAUGCACACAGCAUUCAGUGCCCUCCGGUCUAUUGUGGUGGCCAAUUACGAAGAGUCCAUCAAAAUGCCCAUUAACGAGCCUGCAAUGGGGAAGAAGAAAUCUCAGAUCCAGGAAUAUGUUGACUAUUAUGGAGGCCCAGGUGUUCAGCACAUUGCGCUCAAUACUUCAGACAUUAUUGCUUCGAUCACCAACUUGAAAGAACGAGGCCUAGAGUUCAUGUCUGUUCCGUCCACCUACUACCAGCAGCUUCGGGAGAGGCUGAAAUCAGCCAAGAUCAAAGUGAAAGAGAACAUCGAUCAACUGGAAAAACUCAGAAUCUUAGUUGACUUUGACGAGAAGGGGUACCUGCUCCAGAUCUUCACCAAGACUGUUCAGGACAGACCAACAGUCUUCCUUGAGGUCAUACAGCGACACAACCACCAGGGCUUUGGCGCUGGAAACUUCAAAUCUUUGUUCGAAGCAAUUGAAGCCGAUCAAGACGCCCGCGGAAACCUCACCAUCUUGACACCCAAUGGAGAAUCAGGGUUCAUGUAGGGUGGAUGUCUGAUGUAAGGCAUGGAAAAGAUUCUUAGGAGAAUUCGUUUUUUUUAACAGCAGCUCAAAAGUCUUCUUUCUGUUGUUGUUUUUUUUCCAUUGGGGUGGAAUAAAACAAUUCAGAGCAUGAACAUU